AUGGCUUCGAUUGUUCUUCGUAUUAAAGAAGUGGUACCAUUAAAUCAAGCUAAUAAAGCCAUUCAAACAUUCUUUCAUCAUGAUGUCAAAGUAGCUCGUGAUUAUAAUCGAACAAUUUAUGAGAACGAAUGUAUUCCUGGAAUAAACUUCGCAACAUCAAAACGGGACAUGAAUGUCUUUUCUAAAUCCAUAGGCGAUCAUUGGAAAGGGCUUGCAUUAUUUAGCAAAGACGAGCAUCCCCAAUUGGCGUACAGAGUUCGAACGGACUCGACAUGUUAUCCGACGACUCUUGCCGAUAUGAAUAAUUUGCAAAUGUAUGCAAAAGACUUUGAGCUCGAUGUUUUCGCUGAGAAAGAUCGCGAAUUAUUGACACCAGACAGCAAAGAAAAAGUCUCCUGUUUAGUCAAGAGUCUUCUCGACAUGUACGAAGAAGAUCCACCGACAUUUGUAGACUUUUGUCGCUAUCAACCCUACGGAGCCCAAACAUCAGCACAAAAAGAACAUUUCACUUUCUAUGAACAUCUCAUUGAACUUCUACCACCAAAAUGGUACGAUUUGUUCAAUCGUGAACGACGUCGUCGUCUAGAUAUCGCUCAAUCUGGCAGACAACGAUCAAAUUCGUUCGCUGUUCCUGCUGGUCCAUUUACAAAUCCUUCUCGAUUAAAUCAGUCACUCAAUGAACAACAUCAUAGAUCUAGAUUGAUUCGACUUUCAAUGAAAGAAUCGAAGCCAAGUCACAAUCAUCCAUCGACUCAUGUCGAUGAACGAGCAGUAGCAUCCGAUGAGACACUUCAACAUAACAUGGAACAGACUCAAGCAAGAUAA